GAUCCACACCUAUCCUCCAAAAUGUCGUUAGAAAAUCAACAACUGUUACAAGAGGAGCGACAAGGCCUCGAACAAGCUCCCCUCCUGAUCAGAAGCAUGUCCAGCAACUCUCCAGACGCAACAAGCCGGAUUAGGACCAUACAAAAUGCUCCGGAGGGUAAUGCAGGGAAACUUAAGACGUACAAGAGGAGAUGGUUCGUAUUGGGAGUCUUCAUGUCUCACAUGAUCUCUAACAACAUGGUCUGGAUCAGUUUCUCCCCCAUCUCAACUAUAGCACAGUGCUACUAUGGAGUCUCACUCUUUUGGAUUAAUGCUCUCUCAUGGGUUUACAUGUUAACGUACGCACUGUUUUCACUACCGGCUGUUUGGUUCUUGGAAAAGGGAGGUCUCAAAUGGACCGGGUUGAUAGGGGCAACGUUAAAUGCAGCUGGAUCCUGGCUACGGUUUGCUGGAACACAUCCUCAAAUGUUUUGGCUCCUUUUUCUCGGGCAGACGGUAACCUCAGCCACUUAUCUGAUGGAGAACAAUGGCUGCUCCAAAAUGUCAGCAAUAUGGUUUCCACCACGUGAAAGAACCAUAGCUACUACUCUAUACUCUGUCAUAGCAUCACAAUUUGGAGUCUUAAUUGGACUUCUUGUUGGCCCCCUAGUGGUAACUGGUGGAGGAACAAGCUACACUAAUGAUAUCUGUAAUAAUACUAUUACCAUCAAUAGUACUGCAUUGGAUAGGCAGCCUUGGGAGAGCACAGUAUACAAUCAGCUAUUCUACUACAUGCUGGCACAGGCUAUUCUAACCACACUGGUAAUACCACUGACUUACAUUCUACCUGAAGCUCCGCCUACUCCGCCAAGUGUCACUGCACCACGCAACAGCAAAAAAACCCAGACUCCAUUUUUACGAUUACUAAAGACUGCUUUAAGCAAUGUCUACUUUGAUAUAUUCCUAAUAGCUACUGCUAUAUUAUCUUCAGCUGGUGCGUCAUAUGUCACAGUUUUUCAAGAGGUUCUUCAUAAUGCCGGCUAUGAGAAGUACCAAAACGUUAUUGGAUAUUUAGGUUCUAGCAUGAUGGUGGCAGCCAUCAUUGGCCUGCUGGUUAUUGGUAAAUGGAUCGACUACACCAGAAGAUACUAUGCAACUGUCAUAUUUGCAUCAUUCUCUUCUGUACUUAUUACACUAACUCUCUCUCUGCUGAUCCAAUUCAAGCUAUUGUUCUACUUAAUUUUUAUUACAGGCACACUUGUAAGCUGCUCAAUGAGUUUGCUUGGAGGCAUUACAUUUGAAUAUGCAGUAGAAAUGACCUAUCCACUACCUGAAAGUAUAUCUGCUGGACUACUGAACCUGUUCAAUCAAAUAAUGGGUAUAGUAAUGGUGAUUGCAGUGGGUCAGCUAGUGCAGCAUAAACUAGCCAUGUAUGGUAACUAUGUAUUCACUGGGCUACUACUGCUUGCUAGUAUCAUUGUUGUUUUUGUUCGUCCAACACUUCGUAGAGUUAAAGUUGAAAAUGACACGACUUGAGAUGCUUUAUCACUUAAAAUUUUAAAGUCAUAAUGUCUGUGUGUAAUAAUAAAAUUAUUGAUAAUAACAAUAAGACAAAAACAUGAUCGAACAGUUAAUAAGUUUUAAUCUUUAAAAUAGCUUUAUAUCUGCAA